CAAGGAAGACAUUUAGAGAGAAAAUGGGACGUGAAAUGAUUAUGAGAUCAUCAGCAAACCUUGGAAGUUUCAAUUGUCUUUUGGUGGUGGUUUUAACGACGACAAUCGUGAUGAGUUCAAUGAUUGUGGAUGGCUACUACGGAUACAAUGACUACAAUGCACCGCCUAGUGCACCGCCGGGUGCACCAGUAUACAAGCCAUCGACGGAUUGGAUUUACGCUCAUGCUACAUUUUAUGGGGAUGAAUCUGUCUCUGAGACAAUGGGAGGGGCUUGUGGAUACGGAAACUUACAUGACAACGGAUAUGGAAUAGCAACAGCGGCAGUUAGCUCGGUUAUGUUCAAUAAUGGAGAAAUUUGUGGAGCUUGUUAUGAAAUCAAGUGUGUCGAGUCAAAGUGGUGCUACAAAGAUGGACCUAUCAUUAAGAUUACGGCCACCAACCUCUGCCCUCCAAACUGGUACCAGUCCGCCGAUGAUGGGGGGUGGUGCAACCCACCUCGCUCCCAUUUCGAUUUGUCUAAGCUCAUGUUCAUGAAGAUUGCUGAAUGGACAGCCGGCAUUGUUCCAGUCCAAUAUAGAAGGGUGCCGUGUAUUAGGCAAGGAGGGAUUAGGUAUCAAUUCCAAGGGAACCCAUAUUGGCUACUAGUGUACGUGAUGAACGUAGGAGGAAGUGGAGAUGUAGAGAAAAUGUGGGUAAAAGGGUCUAAAAGCAUUGAAUGGAUUUGCAUGACUCGGAAUUGGGGAGCUUCUUUCCAAGUAUUUUCAGAGUUGGGAGGUCAAUCUCUCUCUUUCAAGGUCAAGAAUGGAGCUGGCCAUACUCUUGUGGAUUACGACGUGGCCCCAUCUUAUUGGUCUACAAGCCAAACUUAUGAAGGAAGAAUCAACUUUUAUUAAUUAACCAACAAAAUUAAACGACUAUUACAUGAUCAUUUGAGGUCACCAAGCUAUUUAAAAUUCUAAACAGUUAUAUAACGAUACUGUUAUUUGUUGCAUGUUUUCUUUCCUUCAAAUGCAAUCAAACUAAUAAGUGUAAUGCUAAGUGUUACAAUACUGGAGGAGGAUCUAUUUUGGGUUUGUAAUCAUAUUCAUGAUGAAAAUGAUAUUGAG